UGUGUAGCUAAAAAGAGCUGAUCUUGUUUAUCGCUGUGCACUCAGGGAAUGAGUGUUGUAAAAGUAAACUCAAGUGCAGAGAAUGUAAUCCUACAUGUCAGGACCUGCCUCUGAUCAAUAAAGUGAGGUGGCAAAAACACUGCAAAAUGUGAUGGAAAAUGGAGGUAAUGCUGUGCAAGUUUGGAUCUAAUCCACUGGUAAAUCGUCGCUAGACGGUGCAAACUGCCCAAAUCCCGCAGCUGCUGCAGUGGCUAAUUUAUUCCCUUCUGUUGGGCGGCAUCUAACGCUUGCAAACUGGCAGCUGUAUGGCAGAUCGAAAGAGAUUAUUUCCUAUAUCGACAUUUUGGCGAGCAAAACACAAUCUGAUGGACUCCAGCAGGAAAGACAGGAGAGAUCAUAAUGUUAACCAUGUCCUCCAUUAUGAGGAAACACAGUACACAGAAAGCUAUGCUUGUAGGAGAAACUCAGAAGAGGUGUAUUAUGAUAAACAUGAGGACUUCAACAGAAAGAAGCAUCCAGUAUCCAGGUCUGGUAACAGUGCAGGCAGAAUGAAGCGGGUGGUGUCGUGCAAGAGGAAGUCCCAUCAUCUGAACGUAGCUCGAAGGAAGCAGCUGGGAUCAGGAAGGAGUUUUGAUACAGCAAACAAGGAAAACAAGAUGAAAUGCUCACAAGACAAACAACAGAAAACAUUCUUUAAUGAUCCAUCAGACUUCCCACUAAAUGUUAAUGACUAUAAGACCAGUGGAACUGGUUCUGAACAGUCUGACUACAAUACACUUUCUGAGCUCACAAAGGAUCACAACAUAAUGACUGAUGUUCUGUUCGGAAGAAAUCUGAGACUGAAGGUGGCUUUAACGCUGUGGAAGAAGAAUGUUGGGGAGCUGUUGACAUAUUUUCUAAAAAUCCAGGACACUGGUGUGAUUGUUGAUUUUCUGCCAAUUCUCUGCAAGUGCAUUGAUGAGGACGCUCCCAGAAUUAACAUUGGCUGUUGUGUUGACCUCUUUCCUUUAGUUAGGAAAGUCCUCGGUACUCCAUAUGAAGAAUAUCUGAUUGUUGGUUUUAAAUGGAUAUCUUCAGUUUUAAAGAACUGGUGGGAAGAACUACAAACAAGUGGCUACAGUGGAUCAACUCAGCCUCUGCUGGAUGAAAAUUUCCAGGUUUUUAACCAGCAACUUUGGGAGUUAUGGCACCAGGAACCUCUUUUAAAAUCUGUUUCCGGUCAGGCAGGAGACAUGGCUAAGGUUGUGGAUUCUUUUCUUUGUCAACUUCGUUGAUACCAAUGAGGAUCAAAUAACUACGUUUGGUGUCAAAGUCAAGAAUAGGAAUCCCAAUAGCUGCUAUUUUCUUAACACUACUGUAGGUUUGAUGUGCUGUAUCACUGAGUUUUGCAGAGCAACAGUAGAGGUACAUAAAGUUGCUAAACCAAUCUAAAAGUAUGAAAAUGUUAACUAUGUUGCUGUAUAAGUGCCAUAAUGAAAAAAAAUAAACCUGAUAUUUGAAUUUUA